UAAAAAAACGAUAAAUCAAGAAACGGUACAUCACGACUUUUAGGGUUUCUAUCGUUUCCUCUUUUUUCCGAUACUCCACCCCGUUCUUCACAAACAACGGCCGAGACGAUAAACGACGGCUUCUGUCGCCGAUUACUCCGAUACCUACAUUUCGAUCGAAAGGUUCAGUGUUGCGGUCUGUGUUUCGGCUUGUCCGUCAUUGUGUGUCGGAGGCAGCUUAUACGAUAUUGUGGAUUUCGGCUUGCAUAAAUUGGGAUUACAAUUGCAUAUUGGGGGUUCUGGAAUUUGCUUAAUAAAAUGCCACGCCCCAGAGACAUAGGAUGGCAACAUGGAAAAAUGGUUGGAGGACAUAGGCACCAUGUACAAUGUAACUAUUGCCAUAGGACCAUGAUUGGAGGUGUUACUCGCUUCAAAAAACAUUUAGCAAGUAAAAAGGGGGAAAUUAGGGGGUGUGAGGCAGUGCCAAAAGAAGUAAGAGAUCUAAUUAGAAAGCACCUAGCUGCAGUAAAAUUGAGAAAAACAACAGAAAAGAAACAAAAGAAAGUAGAUGGAGAAGAUUUGGAUGAGCCGUCAUCUGAGGAUAAGGACACAGAGUCAGAUGAUUCAGAUCGAGAGAUGGCAGCUGCUAGACUGGAGAGUCUGCGUACCCUGCAUGAAGCAGAAGAAUCCCACCAACAGAUGACUAAUGAACAUCAACAAAUGGUGGGGACACGGGAGUUCUUUGAUGCGUUUUCUACAGUAAAGGAAGACCAAGGAUUGGCACCUCCCAGAGCUACUGAUCUUGGCUGGGCCCAUGGAAUGAUGGUAAAUGGGGAUCGACAAAAGAUUAAAUGCAGAUAUUGCCAUAAGGUUAUCCUUGGGGGUGGAAUUUCUAGACUGAAGCAACAUUUAGCCGGGGAAAGGGGAAAUAUAGCUCCCUGUGAGAAAGUUCCCGAUGACGUUAAAGCUCAAAUGCAGCAGCAUUUAGGUUUUAAGGUCUUGGAAAAGCUAAAGAGGCAAAAAGAAUCACAAACUAUCAAGACACCCUUGAUCUCCUAUAUUCAUGAUAGGGAGGAAGGAAAUUAUGAUGAAGGCCAGAGGAGCCCUAAGGGAACUUCUGCACGAGGAAGUAUUGGCAGGAAAAGGGGAAAAGAGGGUGAGGAGGGGACUUCUGGUAGAAGAAAAAGGCACAAGAAGCAAUUAACUCCUACUACUGCACCUGCUCAACCUCUUAUGCACCUGAAUUUUGCUUCACAGGAAAGCAUGGACCAAGCAGACAUGGCCGUUGCAAAAUUCAUGUAUGAUGCUGGGAUACCAUUCAGCGCAGCAAAUUCAUUCUACUUCCAAUUGAUGGCAGAUGCAAUUGCUGCAGUAGGCCCUGGAUAUAAAAUGCCAUCUUAUCAUUCUUUGAGAGGUAAGCUGCUGAACAAAACUGUCCAAGAGACAGGAGAACUAUGCCAAGAACUAAAAAGGUCAUGGGAAGUGACUGGGUGCUCUGUCUUGGUUGACAGAUGGACAGAUAGAACUGAUCGUACGGUUCUAAAUUUUUUUGCUUAUUGUCCCAAGGGUACCAUGUUCCUAAGAUCUGUUGAUGCAACAGAAACUACAAAAUCUUCAGAGGCACUUCUGGAUCUAUUUGACAGCAUUGUUCAAGACGUGGGACCCAAGAAUAUUGUACAUUUUGUUACGGAUACUACACCAAAUUAUAAAGCUGCAGGAAAAGCAUUGAUGAACAAAUACAAGACAUUUUUCUGGAGUGCCUGUGCAGCACACUGUAUUGAUCUAAUGCUUGAGGAAUUUGGAAAAAUGGACCAGGUAAAAGAAGUUUUGGCAAGGGCAAAAAGAAUAAGUCAGUUCAUAUAUAACCAUGCAUGGGUCCUCAAUUUAAUGAGGAAAAAAACUGGUGGAAGAGAUAUUGUUAGGCCUGCCAUUACAAGAUUUGCAACUAACUUCUUAGCACUGCAAAGCAUUGUGUCUUUGAAAGACCCUCUCCAUGAAAUGUUUACCAGUACCAGUUGGAUGCAAUCGGCUUUCUCUAAGCAAAGGGCAGGGAUUGAAGUGGCGGAAACUGUUGUGGACCCUUCAUUCUGGUCCCUCUGUGCUGAAAUUUUGAAGGUUACUAAACCCCUACUUACUGUCUUGCACCUCAUUGAUACUGAAGAAAGGCCUUCCAUGGGUUACAUAUACGAUGCAAUGGAAAAGGCAAGGAAAGGCAUUAUUGUGGCAUUCAACAACAAAGAAUCUGAAUACUAUCCAUACCUGAAAAUAAUUGAUCAAAUCUGGGAAGAGGAACUCCAUAGUCCUCUUCAUGCGGCUGCUUACUAUCUUAAUCCAUCUAUAUUUUAUAACCCUAGCUUCUCCACCAAUAAAGUGAUCCAAAAGGGCCUACUUGAUUGCAUUGAGACUUUAGAACCUAACCUAACUGCACAAGAAAUGAUUACGAGACACAUUACUUUCUAUGAGGAUGCUGUUGGGGAUUUCAGUCGACCUGUGGCAGUAAGGGGUCGUGAAUCCUUGGCCCCAGCUACAUGGUGGUCUCUAUAUGCAGCAGACUAUCCAGAUCUGCAACGCUUUGCUAUUAGAAUUUCAAGUCAAACAUGCAGUGGGACCCGAUGUGAGCGGAAUUGGAGCAUGUUUGAGCGUAUCCAUUCAAAGAAGAGAAACCGGUUGGAGCAUGAGAGGUUGAAUGACCUUAUAUUUGUUCACUAUAACCUGCGCCUUCAGGAGAGGCAAUCAAAACUAAAUAAACCAAUGGCAAGAGGAGCUUAUGAUCCCAUAUGCUUGGAGGGGAUGGGUAUUGAUGCAGGAGAUUGGGUUGACAAUCCUGGAGUCCUCGAGGGGGAGGAUCUUGGUUGGAUGGAUGUGGCAGUACCCAGUGAUUCACUUAAUGCAAGUGCAAAGUUAAGGAAUGUUAAUGAUUAUGAUGAUAGUUUAGAUGACAGAGGCAGUGAUGAUACCAAAGGCAAUGAUGGAAGUCUUGAUGUGUAAAUUCUUGGUUAUCUGGUUCAUUGUACCAAAUCUAUGUAGUUGUAAAAUUAGCAGCAUCUAUAUGUUCACAAAAUCUGUUGUUAUAGUGUUUGUAAGCAUAAUUUUGUUUUGCUUUUUUGUGUAAAUAUCAUAGGAUUUUAUGUGCUUUUGCAGUCGAAGGCAUAGGUGAUAUGGUGAAGAACUUUUGAGAAAGACUGAAACAUGAUAAAGAUGUAUAAGAUAAUAGGAACUUGUAACUUCUACAAUUAGCUUAAUGAAGAGUGUCUCCUUCCCCCUUGUUAGCAUAAA